AUGGAGAACACGCUGAAGCCCGGGGACGUGAUCCAGUGUAGAGAGGGCUUGGACUCAUCCUCUACAAGAAGCGAACACGCCGAAAUUCAGACAAGUUCAGUUUGGAAGUUCUCAAAAAAGAAUGGACUUGGGGACAUACUUCUUGUAGUUGAUGAGUCAUUCAGUAUGAGGCCCGUUGAAAGAACUGAGAACGUGGGCUUCAAUUUCCCAAAAAUUAUUCAGGAGCUAGAGCACAAAUCCAAGUUACCUCAAUCAACUAGCGGAACUGAAAUAUCAUCAGGUCCCAAGCUAAAUCGUGUGAAGAAAUCCGGGACUAAAGUUGACGCCAACAGCAGCAAAGUGGCUGCGAAUGCUGGGACUGAAGUUGAAGAUGAUAGAUUGAUGUUUGUUGUUGCUGAGAGUCAGGGUUCAAGAGAAGAAACUACAGAUGUUUCUCAUCUGAGUCCUGACAAAUUAGAGGAUAUUAAGAGGAAGGAAGUACGGAAUGAUGAUAGCGAUAGUGUAGCAGAGAAGAGUAGUGUCAAAAUGGAAGUACAGAAUGUGAUUUUGGAUGUUCAUCCACAUGAAGAUAAUGCUAGGCAUUCUCCCAUGGAAGAUUUGACUGAUUCUGGUGCUCUGGAGCUGCGAAAGGAGCCUUCACAUGAUGUUGAGACGGAAGAAUCUGUUAAAAGGAACGACGAUGUGGACACAUCGAGAAAAUCAUCUCUGUGGGAAAAUCUUAAAUCUUUUGCAGAUGGUAUUGUCAAUAUAUGGAAGAAACUGUAAAUUCUUGAGGUAAUUGUUUGGACUUUACGGGAACUGGUUUUGCCAAAUGAGGUUAAUAGAUGGAUGUCCUCCUUUAGUCUUCCUGGUGUUACUUGUAUGUUUAUGGAGAGUGAGAGAGUAUGUAAAUGCAUAUCAACGGCAUCCUCUGUGGAGCAGGGGUCUGGCUCUGGCCUUCCUGAUGUUAAUGAGUGACGAGUCGCUCACAAGUUAAUAUAUGAACUGGGCAUCGUCAUUUCAAAAGCAUGCAGUCAGAAGACUCAGAGCCCCAAAGACGAUCGACCGGUCUUAAAAAGCCCGGCAGCUAAGUUUCUCACGAUACCUCGAAACAGAGGCAUGACGGGAGUCAAGAAUUGAGUGAGGAAACAUUGCUUUGUGCGAGGAUUCGGGAGAAUUUCUCUUUCUUUAUAUAAAACAGAGGUUGUGGAGAGGUAAUACAUUUUAUGAGCUGCGAGGUUUGUCUUGUGAGGAAAGGUCUCUUGGAAGAUUUUGUGCUGUUCAUGGAGGUUGUCCGAAGCAAAUAUGAAAGGAACGACGCAACAAGUUAUGUAGCUCGUCCCUGAUUUCCUCAGCUUUGUACCGUCUUUCU